GCUCAAUAAUGCUAAAUGAUACUGGGACGCUGCUUGUGAUGCCCUUCGUCCUCAUUCGACUUUCUGAAUAGAGGCCUCCCCGUAGAUCGUUGGGUUACAUUGGGCCUCGAUCAACAUGGGCUGUUUGAAUUGAACAAAAACAGGGAGCUGGAGUAACCGAAGACCCAACCCACUCGAGGGCCGAUAACCAAUCCAAGCACGGAGAGGCUUAAAUGAACUGGCCGUCGCGCUCUCAUGAAAUUUAAGCCGAUCCCCUCUCUUCCCUCCCGUUUUCUCCCAAAAUCCCAACCCCAAACUCGACUUCAUCAUCUCCUUCAAUCAUGCAUCUCAAACCAAUCCCUUCACCUCCAUCUGAACCCAAUCCACGCCCAGUCCCUCGCUUGCGGCCUCUCAUCAGACCUCUUCUUCACCAAUCUCCUCCUCAAAGCCUACUCUAUAUCCGACCGCCUUCGAGAAGCUCGCAAGCUGUUCGAUCAAAUGCCCCAAAGAAACAUCAUUUCUUGGUCUUCGUUGAUCUCUGCGUACACCCAAUCGAACCGAUCUGAAGAGGCUUUCUCCCUCCUCUCGGACUUCCGGAGGUCUUCUUUAGAAAACCCGAAUGAGUUCAUCCUCGCUAGUGCCCUUAAAGCUUGUAAAGAGUCAAGGGUAGUCAAUCGCUCAUUCCAAAUUCACGGGCUUGCCAAAAAAUUGGGAUAUUGUUCCGAUAUCUUUGUGGGUACUUCUCUUAUCAACUGUUAUUGCAAAAUCGGAUUGAUGGAAGAAGCAAUGACCGUGUUCGAUGAGCUCCCUAUAAAGAAUUCGGUCACAUGGACUGCAAUAAUCGCGGGUUAUUCCCAAACUGGUAGGAGCAGCGAGUCUCUUCGAUUGCUCAAUCAAAUGAGGGAAUCAGGAGUUGCGCCUGAUAUGUUUAUUAUUUCGAGUGUGUUAAGUGCUUGUUCAUCAUUGGAGUCUCUUGAAUGUGGAAGGCAAGUUCAUGGUUAUGCGUAUAGAAGUGGGACACAGAUGGAUGUUUCGGUGAACAAUGGGCUUAUAGAUUUGUAUUGCAAGUGCUCUGAAGUGAGGACUGCUAGAAGAGUGUUUGAUUGUAUGAAUCUUAAGAAUCUUGUUUCUUGGACUACUAUGAUAUCAGGAUACAUGCAAAAUUCUCUGGAUCAAGAAGCUUUAGAUCUAUAUGUUGAGAUGAGCAGAAUAGGAUGGGAACCCGAUGCGUUUGCUUGCACAAGUGUAUUAACUUCCUGUGGUUCAUUAUUGGCUUUGGAUCAGGGAAAACAAGUGCAUUGCUUUGUUGUGAAAGCUAAUCUAGAAUCUGAUGAUUAUGUUAAAAACGGACUUAUAGAUAUGUAUUCGAAAUGUGACUCUUUGGUCGAUGCAAGAAUUGUGUUUGAUUUGAUGGAAGACCACAAUGUCAUUAGUUACAAUGCCAUGAUUGAAGGUCAUGCAAGGCAUGAAGAAGUUGGCGAGGCUGUUUCAUUGUUCAAUAGGAUGAGGAAAUCUGAGACCUUGUCUCCGAGCCUCUUGACCUUUGUGAGCCUCCUCGGAAUGUCAGCAUCAUUAUCAUUCGUGGAUUUAAGCAGGCAAGUGCAUAGUCUCAUUAUUAAAUCAGGAAUCUUAUUAGACCUUAAAGCAGGCAGUGCUUUAGUCGACGUCUACUCAAAGUGUUACUUUGUUAAUGACGCGAGAGUUUUGUUUGAAUCAAUGGAUGAGAAAGAUAUUGUAGUAUGGAAUGCUAUGAUAUUUGGUUACACACGAAAUGAUCAAAGCGAAGAGGCCCUAAGGCUUUUCAAUCAAUUGCGUAUUUGUGGUUUGAGACCAGAUGCGUUCACUUUUGUUGCGGUUGUUACAGCAGCAAGUGAGCUGGCAAGCCUCUUCCAUGGCCUCCAAUCUCAUAACCAAAUUAUAAAAUGUGGCCUAGAUGAUGACCCCCUCAUAUCUAAUUCACUUAUCGACAUGUAUGCAAAGUGUGGAUGCAUCCAAGAAUCUCGUGUAGUAUUCAACUCAACUGAUGGAAGAGAUACUGUAUGUUGGAACUCUAUGAUCUCAAGAUAUGCACAACAUGGGCAAUCAGAGGAAGCGCUCAGAGUUUUUCAGCUGAUGAGAGAACAAGAAAUAGGGCCAAACUAUGUAACAUUUGUUGGUGUUCUCUCUGCUUGUGUUCAUGUAGGGCUGAUUGAAGAAGGAUUGACUCACUUCAAUUCUAUGAAACCGGUAUUUGGUAUUGAACCAGGGAUGGAGCAUUAUGCUUCGGUAGUUAACCUCUUGGGCCGAGCUGGGAAAUUGGAGGAAGCUAAGGAGUUCAUCAAGCGAAUGCCAGUUGAGCCUGCUGCGAUUGUUUGGAGAAGCUUACUUAGUGCCUGUAGAGUGUUUGGUAAUGUCGAUAUCGGAAAGUACGCUGCAAGAAAGGCGAUAUCGAUUAAUUCACAGGACAGUGGACCUUAUGUAUUGAUGUCGAAUAUAUAUGCUUCAAAGGGAAUUUGGGGAGGUGUUGAUAAGUUGAGAAAAGAGAUGGAUUCUGUUGGGGUGUCAAAGGAACCAGGGUAUAGUUGGAUUGAGGUUAUGAAGGAGGUUCAUGUGUUCAUUGCAAGAGGGAGUGAGCACGAGGAGACAAAUAUCAUCUAUAUAUUGUUGGAUGGGCUGACACAGAUCAUGAGAAGUGUUGAGGAUGUACCGAAUGUCAACACAAUUUAGAUGGAGAUUAAUGAUUUUGGGGGAGACUACAGAUAAAAGAUGCAAUUCCGACAUGAGAAAGUUUACAAAUGAGGACGUGGGAAUUGUUUACAUCAGUCAAAAAUAAGAAAGUUAUCGAUUCGAAGCAUGAUGAUUUGGGAUGUGGACGUGGCGGGCUCAACAACCAGCAAGCUAGUCUUUGAUUUCUCUCUUUCUACAAACGAUGCAUAACAUCCGAUGGAGAUAAAUAAAUUUGACCAUAGGUAAAUGGAAGUCCGAAACAUUUUUAAAAUAUACAUUACAUUCUUAAUCUGACCGACGAGCAUUAUAUCUUGUUUUAGUUUGAAAAAAUAAAAUAAAAAAUCAAUCAGAUUGUAUCUGUACCAA